AGAGAGAGUGAGAGAAGAAGCGUGGUGAGUUUGGGAGAGACGUGAUCGCUCCCUACGUAGAGACAACUUAAACUUUACCAAAUAACCGAGCCACUGCAAAAAUGCUCGUGUUAUUUGAGACCGCCGCUGGUUAUGCGAUAUUCAAGGUUCUCGAUGAAUCCAAGCUGCAACAGGUCGACAGCCUGUACAAGGAGUUUGAAACUCCUGAAAAGGCGAACAAGAUUGUGAAGCUGAAGCACUUUGAGAAGUUUCAGGACACAACAGAGGCCUUAGCAGCUGCCACUGCCCUUGUUGAGGGAAAAAUUGGCAAGAGUUUGAAGAAAGCGCUGAAGAAGAUCGUUGCCAAGGAGGCUCAUGAGCAGCUGGCAAUCAGUGAUGCAAAACUCGGCGGAGUUAUCAAAGAAAAGCUGGACCUGAGCUGUGUCCACAGCCCCGCUGUGGCUGAACUGAUGAGAUGCAUCAGGAGCCAGAUGGAGAAUCUCAUCACUGGACUUCCACCCAGGGAGAUCAGUGCCAUGUCGUUGGGGUUGGCUCACAGUUUAUCACGCUACAAGCUGAAGUUCAGUCCAGACAAGGUGGACACUAUGAUUGUGCAGGCCAUUUCUCUUCUGGACGACCUGGAUAAGGAGCUCAACAACUACAUUAUGCGCUGCAGGGAGUGGUACGGCUGGCACUUCCCUGAGCUCGGAAAAGUCGUCACAGACAACUUGGCUUACUGCAAAACCGUCCGCAAGAUUGGUGACCGCACGAACGUGUCCAGCUCUGAUCUGUCAGACCUCCUCCCAGAGGAAAUCGAGGCGGAGGUCAAACUGGCCGCUGAGAUCUCCAUGGGAACAGAAGUGUCGGAGCAGGACAUCGGCAACAUCAGGCACCUGUGUGAUCAGGUGAUUGAGAUUACAGACUACCGCGCUCAGCUCUACGACUACCUGAAGAACCGAAUGAUGGCGAUCGCCCCCAACCUGACAGUAAUGGUGGGCGAGCUGGUCGGCGCCCGUCUCAUCUCACAUGCCGGUUCUCUCCUGAAUCUGGCGAAGCAUCCAGCCUCCACAGUGCAGAUCCUCGGCGCAGAAAAGGCUCUGUUUAGAGCCCUGAAGACCCGCAAAGACACGCCCAAGUACGGUCUCAUAUACCACGCCUCUCUAGUGGGCCAGACCACUGCCAAGAACAAGGGCAAGAUCUCCAGAAUGCUGGCAGCUAAAGCGUCCCUGGCUAUUCGCUAUGACGCCCUGGGAGAGGACACCAACGCAGAAAUGGGAGCAGAGAACCGGGCCAAGCUGGAGGCCAGGCUGCGGCAGCUGGAGGAGAAGGGAAUCCGAAGAAUCAGCGGAACGGGCAAAGCAAUGGCAAAGUCGGACAAAUACCAGCACAAGAGUGAAGUAAGAAUGUACGAUCCAUCUGGCGAUUCCACUAUUCCCUCCACCUCAAAGAAGAGGAAGUUUGAGGAGGUAGAGGAGGAGGAGGAGGAAGAGCCUGUAACGCCCGUGGUCAAAAUGAAAAAGCCCAAAAAGGAACCAGUAACAGAAGAGGAAGAAGCGGAAACAUCAGCAGCAGCGGAGGAGACUCCCAAGAAGAAAAAGAAGAAGAAGAAGGACAAGAAAGCAGAUGAUGAAACUGAGGAACCUAAGGAGGAAGAGGAGGAGCUAGCAGUAACAGAGUCUUCGGAAAAGAAGAAAAAGAAGAAGAAAAAGAAGGUAAAGGAAGAGGAAGAAGACGAUGACUGA